AUGUCAGCCGUUGCCUACAUGGACUUCAUGGCUGCCCAGUGCCUGGUGUCCAUCUCCAACUGCUCUGCUGUGUCCAAGGUGGCAUGGCUGAAAGUGCCAGGCAAGGUGCAGGUGGGAAAGGAGCUGUGUGACCCUUGUGAUGCUUGGAUGGACUACUGCACCUUGGUAACCAUCACCAAGAGCCUCCUGGAGCUGAACAAGUACUGGCCCCUGCCCGUCCCCUCCGUCUGCAGGAGCAACGUGGAGAGCCCAGAUGAAGAUGUGGGCUCUGACAGUGACAGGACCACAGCACGAAACUCGGCGCCAGGGCAGCCCCCUCACCUGCACGACACUGUGCCCCCCAAGGAGAAGUUGGCAGCUGAGAAGCAGCACGAGUGCCCCUACAGUGGCUGCGGCAAGGUCUACGGGAAGUCCUCCCACUUGAAAGCCCACUACCAAGUGCACACAGGGUGGGAGCCUGUGGAGGGGGGUCCCAUCUGA